GGACGAGGUGAUCCAAACAAAGAUCAUGUCCUCAGCCAAGGCAAAACUACAUUUAGGGAGAAAAUGUAAAUAGUGUCGUCCUCAUCAAUUUUAAACUCAUCUGAGCUCAUUAGAAGAAGCAAGGCAAUGCAGCAACUACAAACCAUACUGCAGGCUAGUGCCAGAGAGCCCUAAGGGUCAUGGAGAAGCAAACUUUAUGUCUGAAAACACUGGUCGACUGCAUUGAUUUCUGCACCUUGCCUGCAGAGCUGAUCUUUUUUAACUGCCUGCUGUUUCCAUGGUAACCUGCAGUAGUUGAUGUUUUUCCUAUAGUUUGGCAACAGGGCUAAGGCUGCUAAGUUUCACCUGUCAGAUGACUGAAGGCCUGGGAUUCCAGUCAGUGCUUCAGCUGGCCCAAUCAUAUCCCUAUGCUCUGUGUUUUUGUUGGACAGGAAAUAUAUUAAUAGUUUAUAAAAGAGUAGGAGUCACUUGUAGAAUGUAGAAUGAGAGUUGUAAUGCUGCGACUGGAGAUAUACUGAUGCAAUGGCAGUCUCCAAGGUCAUUAGGUGUGGAUCACUACAGUUCAACAUCCGCAAUAUUACAGUGGAACCUGUGCUUUUUCUUUAUUUUUUCGCAGCCUAUAUUGUAAUUCCGACCCUGCAGGCUCUGGCCUAUCACAAGGUGUGCAUACAGAAGUACAAUGCAUCCUUUUGCAGUGAGCUGCAGAAUGUUACUUUUCAGAAGGAGCAUGCAGAAGAAAGUGACUAUGUGCAGACGGAAACAUCCCACCUCAUAUUGCUGGCAAACAUUGCCAUGACUAUCCCAGCCUGCUUCACGGUGUUUUGUUUCCUUGGGUCCUUUGGAGACAAAGUUGGUCGCAAGUUCCCCAUCUUGCUGCCAACCGUUGGAGCAAUAAUACAGGCGUUUGCAGGUCUUCUGAAUGCAGCUUUUCCAUCAAGCUCUGUCUACUUUCUUCUUAUCGGCCCUGCAAUCAGUGGUUUAUGUGGUGGGAUUAUAGCAGCUGUGAUGGCUGUGUACAGUUACAUUGCACACAUUGCAACCACAGAGUCCAAAACAAUGCGCAUUGGCAUUGUGGAGAGUAUGGGCUUUCUGGCAGGCACUCUUGGUGUCUUCUUAUCAGGCUUGAUGCUUGAUCGUACCAGCUUUGAAUUUGUCUUUGGUUUCACCAUGGCACUGCUGUUACUUGCAACAGUGUACAUUGUUUUUUGGCUGGAGGAAAUUAGACCACCACAAACAGUGAACAUAAGCAACAUUUGUGGGCGAUGGAUUUUGGAAAAUGUGAAGGAAUCAGUGAACUUCAUCACAAAACGGCGGCCACCUCGAGUGCGAUGCACCAUCUUCCUUCUUAUCAUCAGCAUCAAUUUAAUACUUCUUUGUACCAUUGGUGAAUUUGACAUCAUCCUUCUGUUUCUGCGUCGAGAGCCAUUAGUCUGGUCUCAGUCUAUGUUUGGUUACUUCAAGGGAGCAGAAAAUCUGCUAAAAGGACUUAUGUUGGUGGUUGUCCUUCCUAUUCUGAAGAAAAAAUUACACGUACGGGACACAGCUAUUGUGAUGGGUGGUGCCAUGUCCAAGGUGGCUGGCCUGAUCAUACUUGGCAUUGCAACAAAAACAUGGAUUGUGUUUAUUGCUGGAAUCGUUGGAAUGGCACAGGGACUGCCUUCCGCUGGUCUUCGCUCCAUGAUGUCCAGCCUGGUCAAGGAUGAUGAGCAGGGUCGUCUGUUUGGCAUUGUGGCAACAGCAGAAAGUUUGAUAGGCAUCUUAGCAGCACUUCUCUUUAACACCAUAUAUCCACUGACACUACAUUUGUUUGCAGGCACUUGUUUUUUAAUGGCUGCAGGCAUUUCCUUUGUCUCAUUCUGCAUAGUACUUUACUUGCACAAGUCUGGGGUGGCAGAAAUGUGUCAUUCACCCCCAUACCGUAACAUGCCAGAAGAAGCUGAUGCAGAAGAAUUCAAAGAUGAAGAUGUCUUUCAUGUGGCUAUCAUGGCAGAUGAGGAUCAUUUUGCUUACAUAUGAUAAAACUCCUGUUUUUUCGAGUUAUAGUUAAUCUGGAUUUUAAAAAAAUGACCAUCUUGUAAUACAAAAUUUUGUGCUUUUGCUUUACCUUUUUGGUCUGCUUAUAGGACUAGACUAACUUGCUAUGAUGCAGCCUUAGUCAUUGAUAUCAAACACCAACAACCCAUCCCUAUGGGAUAGAUAUUGCUGGAAGUAGUGGUGGUGGGGGAAGGGGAUAACAAUUUUUGCAGUUACUUUAAUUGUUACCUUGGGAGUAGUGCCUAGAAGCAGAUUGAAAACAUUCUAGUUCACUUUUUUAUGAAAGAAGCAAAAAUUAUGUAUUCAGAAAGACAAUAUGCAGAUUUUCUGGUUGUGUCAUCUUCUCAUGGUGUCAUGUGAAUUUCAUUUAUAACAAUGCCUUGACAGGCAUAAAAGGAGACAAUAUCUAAUCAGAAGAAGCAGGGAUGACAUCAACAUCAAGAAGAUGGAGGCAAUGCAGGUCAACAAAAAGCAAGAAGCCCCACUCCAACUACAUGGGGAAUGUAUUACAGAGACUGACAGCUUCACCUACCUUGUCAGCAAAGUCAGCAAAUAUGAGGGUGCAGAUAAAGAUGUAAAAAGCCGAAUAAAUAAAACCAGGUCUAUACGGAUCUGGAACAUGGCGUGUGACAAACACUAUCACCAAGAAGAUUCAGACACUCAUCAACAGAUGUCUGAUCCACAUCCUCAACAUAAGAUGGCCCAAGAAGAUCUCCAAUACAAACCUGUGGGAGAGAACCAACCAAAAACCUGCCAGCCAAGACAUCAAGAAGCGGAAGUGGGGCUGGAUCGGUCACACCCUGCAAAAGCCGGCCAACAAUUUACCGAGGCAAGCUCUGGGCUGGAACCCACAAGGGCAGUGCAGGGUUGGGAGACAUUGAGAGAUCGGUCCAUAGCAAGGCGGAGACAGCUGGCAUGACAUGGACCCAACUGGGAAGGGACACCCAGAACUGGAUCCAAUGGCGUGGUGUAGUUGCAACCCUAUGCUCCAUUGGGGGCAUAAAAGAAUAAGAAGAAUCUAGUCUAAUACAAUGCAGAUGUUCACAAAUGGUAACAAAAUGAGAUGUGUGAUGUAAGAUUACUCACAUUCUAUCAGCUGUCAUGAUCUCCUGUAAUUCAAAAGUCUUUUCCUCUCUUUUUCGCAUCGGCCUAAAUAAAUUACUGAGUAAGCUAGCAGAGGAAGCAGAGAAGACUGGCUUAAAGGUUAACAGAAAAAAGACCAAUGUGAUGAGAAUCAACAAUAAGCAGAAACUCCCAAUCCAUCUUCAAGGAGAGAACAUCCUGAAAACAGACCGCUUCACGUAUCUGGGGUGCAUUGUCAAGCUGCAACUUUCAACAUCCUACUCCCCAUCUGGAACUCCCGAGCAUUAUCCUUUACCAGUAAGACCCGCAUCUUCAACACCAAUGUGAAUGCAGUCCUACUGUAUGGUUCUGAAACCUGAAGAGAGACAAACACCAUCAACAACAAGCU